AUGAUGCAGCAAAGGAGUACUUGGGUGAGUUUGAAAAAAAUGAUAAGAGAGGGAAAGUAUUCUCCUCAACAAAUUUAUAACGCUGUCGAGACUGGCCUUAAUUUUUGGGCAUUGCCAACAAAAAACCUGGCAUCAAAAUCAGAAGACCAGGCUCCUGGUUUUAAAAUGUGCAAAGAUUGUGUGACUUUAUUAGUGUGCAGCAAUGCUGCUAAUGAUAAGGUGUUCAAAGAAUGGUUUCAUGGCCAGUUUGUUCCCUCUGUUCGAUGGUUUUCUAAGGAAAAUCAUUUGUCUCCCCGUGCAAUCCUCUUGGUUGAUAAAGUGCCAUCUCACCCCAACACAGAGGAAUUAUGUGAUGGAGAAAUUGUGGUGAAGUUUUUGGCGCCAAAUGUUACAUCACUUCUACAGCCAAUGGACCAGAGCUUACUGCAAACACUAAAAUUGAUUUACAGAAAACAAUUUUUAAGAAUGCUGAUCCAAGAUGAUACCAUUCCUUUAGUGGACAAAAUAAAAAAGACCAAUGUGAAGGAUGUUGUUUAUUGGGCUGCUGAGGACAACCUAGUUGAAAAUGAAGAGGAAAAUCUACUACUAAUGAUACAGACAAUCCCUGGAUGUGAAGGAGACGUAGAUGAGUGGAUGGCAGCGGAUGAGACUUGUGUGGAGAGCCUUACUGACGUUAAUUUAGUUGCUGCUGUGACUCAAGACCAGGAAGAAGUGGACUGCUGUGAUGGAAGUGGCAAUGAACUUGAAAGGGACAAAGGAGAGCUGGUACCACACAGUGAUGCAGCAGGAGCCCUUCACCUCGCGCUAUAUUACUUGGAGCAACAGCCCACUGCUACACCUGCUGAUUUGAUGUUUAUGAGAUGA